AUGAGGAGGCCGAACGUGCUGCUCACCGGUACUCCAGGUGUUGGAAAAACCACACUCGGAAAAGAACUUGCAUCAAGAGCUGUGACCUAUAUUAAUGUGGGUGACAUGGCCAAAGAAGGAGAACUGUAUGAAGGUUUUGAUGAGGAAUACGAUUGUCCAGUUUUGGAUGAGGACAGGGUUAUUGAUGAACUAGAAGAUAAAAUGAGUGAGGGUGGAGUUAUUGUCGAUUAUCACGGCUGCGAUUUUUUCCCUGAACGGUGGUUUCAUAUAGUGUUCGUACUCCGUACAGAAAAUUCAUUUCUAUAUGACAGACUGGAAAGCAGGGGCUACAAAGGGAAAAAGCUGCAAGACAACAUUCAGUGUGAGAUCUUUCAAACGCUUUACGAGGAAGCUCUGUCGUCGUACAGGGAGGAAAUUGUACACCAGCUACCCAGCAACACACCAGAAGACCUAGAGAGAAACUUGGAUCAGAUUAUGCAAUGGAUUGAGCAAUGGAUGAAGGACAACAACUGACAUUUGGUGGGCAAAAUAACUGCUGGAUAACUUCCUGGCAGCGUUUAAUAAAUGAUUACAUGGAACUUUGGGAAUCACAACGUGAGAGGACAUCAGUUGUGUCUGCACUGGUGUGGAAUAUUAAGCAAUAACUUUUCUUUCUCCUUUUUCCCUCAUAUUCUCCAUCACCCAUCCCAGUCAUGGAACAUGUAUCACUGUACGUUUAUCAGAAAGUGUAUCAUUUGGCAGGAUAACAAACCUGCCAUGAUCCAAAACACGGUUACUCUUAAAACACUGUCAGCCGUCUGUUCUAAUGGCUUGUGAAGCCGGGAUCCCCAGAGAAUGUGGCUAUGAAAAGUGGAAAUAAUCAUUCUUCUCUAAAACAGUGGCUUGUAAAGCCUUGCAAAAGAAAAUAAACUUUUUAUAGGCCUGAAUUCAUAUCGUAAAACUAUUUGCCUGAAAAUUGCAGUGGUAAAGGGUAUUGGAGUUACAUAUUUAAGAUUCUUUUCAUAAAAUCAUAGACUGGUUUGGGGCAGAAGGGGCCUUAAAGAUCAUGGAAUCAUAGAAUAGUUUGAGUUGG